AUGAUCGCGCCGCUUCUAAGCCGACAGCGGAAGUGGCUGUACCCUAUAAACGGCUCCAGGAAGAACGGCGGGGGGCGGAGGGUGGGGCGCGCCCUCCCCGCCGCCUUCCCAGCCUCUUUUCCCGUUGAUGUCACGCGCGAAGCCCGGGCGCGCCCUCGCGCGCGUGGUGGGAAAAGGGGGGCGUGGCCGGCGGCGCCCCCCUCUCGGCCGCCAUAUAGGGAAUGGAAUGCGGGGGCGGGGCCGCCGCCGCGGCCUGAACCCGGUCACCUCUGCCGGGAAAGCCGGAGGGGCGGGGUGCGCCGCGCCUCGCCGACGGGAAGCACGGUACCGGCUGCGGCCGCCCCGGGGUGGAACUCCUACGCUCCUGCCGCAGCGGGCGAAGCCCUCAGCAUCCGCCUGUGGAGCUGGAGCCAAGGUAGUACGGUACAGGUCGUCAUGCCGGUGCCAGCCCCCGGUUGGCUCUGCGGAUGUCAGGGCUUGGAAGCGCUCCGGGAGAGCCCAGGCACGGGCUGGGCAGCGUGGAUCCGCAGUGAGUCAACUGGAGGCGAUGGAGGCGCCGCGUUUGCCCAGAUCUGGGCAGAAAUUUUUAAAUUCACUAAAGAGAUACCAGAGAAAAGCAGGUGGAAGAGCUCAUAGAUCCACCUCUUUCAUCUGUCUACCACUCGUCAGGAGUACCUACUUCCCACUGAGCCUGUGUAUAUUAACUGAUAUGUAGGAUACUCGUGAAUCAUUUUAGUUUCUGGGCUAGGGAGCAGACAAGGAAGCAAGAGGCAUCUUUGCUCUUGUCAUGCUGCCACAGGCACCAAAUGUGCUCCACUUUGGGCUCCAGCUGCAUUGGUGUAGCACUUGAACAACUUGAAAAUCUUCAUCUGAGGGUAAACUUCUUCUGUCCUGCCAGGUUUGCUCCCUGAGAUCCCUCCACUUUCUGAAACCAAGUGGGAAGAUGUAUUAACUGCGGAGAAGAAAUCAUAAUGUGUUAAAGCCAUAUUUAAACUGCAUUUUAAUUGCUAGCUAGUUUUUCUUUCAGUGGAUGUUCUCAAUGAAAGACCUUACCAAGCUGAGCAUUUCUUUCCUCUUUUUCUGUCUCACUGUUUUGGGAAUUCUCUAUUCCAGAGCUAUACAGAGAGGAAAGAAUGGCUGCAAAACAGCAAGCCUAACUUGGCUAACUUCCUGCAUGUAAUCAAAGGCCAUUCUGUGAGCUGCUUGGAAAAACACCCUUGGCCACCAUGCAGUGAAAUUCCUUCCUAAUAAUCUUUUCAGAGCAUUAGGCCAGUUGCAGUCAGUUUUGCUCAUUACAGUAAAGUAUGCAAGGCUUUAGCAUUCUACCAGUUGUGCCAAUUGAAAAGUAAGGUCACUCGCAGCUGCACAGUUGUCUUUGUGUGAAACAAAGAAAGGUCGAAAUGCAGAAAAAUUAUGGCAGACAACAUAAUGCUGACCAAGAUAAGUCACCCCAGUGGUUAAAUCUUAUCAGGAAAGAUGAGACUUGGCAUUCCUGCAUUGAGGCUGAACAAGCGUCUGGAUUCAUGCACUGCAUAAAAUAUUUCUAAACUCUCCGAGGGUAGGGGGUCAAAGACAGAGAAAGAGACUUGGGAAUGGAGGCUGGAGGGUUCUUGGAGCUAAAGCUAUACGGGGAAAAAAAGCAAGAGAAAUUGAGACAGGAUUAAAAUAAUCAAAACAGGAAAGACUGAUAGGUUUACUGGAAUAACUGGAUUUACAAUGCUAAACCAAUUUUUUUUAAUCUGUUUCUGUGUGCCUUUUUAGACAACAAGGAGUUUCAUUUCUUGGAAGAAAGCUAUAGGUUUUACAGAUGCCAAAUGUAUUCUAACUUCAUAUGAAAGUUGAAAAACAUUGCUGGAUAUAAAUGUAGUGAAUAUCACUGUACUUUGCAGUGAAGAGAAACAGGGAAUUUAAAUGCAGGAAAAGCAAACAGAAGUGGUGAGUGUUGAUGAAAUGACCAUCUUGAGAUUGGUUGGUGAAGAAAACUGUAGUUGGUCACUGUCUUCAGUUUUACAAUGUUUUCAUAAAACAUAUCAUUAUGUUCAGAAGCUAUUUUUAAUUUACGGGCUAAAAAAGAAACUUUUACCUUUUACUAGCCUUUUACAUCAAAUACGCUGGGAUAAAUAUUACCAGCUCUUUAGUGUUUCUCUGUUAAAGUGGAAAUAAACUGGCAGCACUGAAUGAGCCCUUUCAAAGUGCAGCUUUUUAUUUUGAUUAAAUUCCAUGAUGGUUCUAAAACUGGAGUCAGACACUAGAAUCUAAAAGCAUUCAGGAAAAUUGACUUAAAAUACUAAGCAUACUUUACCAGUAUUCUAGAAUAAUUAAAAGAAACAAACAUCUAAAACUGAACUAAAUCCUCUUGACAUUCAUUUCUGUGUCUUCUGCCUUUCUGUGGCCUGAUACUUGAUGUAUGAAAUCAUUCUCAGAUGGACUGAAGGGGAAGGCAUUGUUUUUGCCAUAGUUCCAGAGCUGUGUGAAUUAAUGCUGCCCUGUACUUCCUCAAGGAAUGGGCACAUUCAGUUUACAUUCAUUGAGAACAGACCCUGGGAAUGAAUUAUUUCUUCCUUAUAAGGAGCCUUGUGUUGGGAUUUCUGUUGGGACAGUUUAGCUCACUACUAAGUUACUAGGGAUAAAAACUUCACUGUUACAAGUAAAAUGAUAAUGUGCAAGUAAGUUGUUAAAAAUAAAUGUGUUGCAGUCAUUUAGAUGGUUCAGAAAUUUGAAGUGUUAUAAGACUAGAGGAUUAAGAAUGUCUCACCUUUCUUUGCAUUUGGAAAAAAGUCAGAAGGAGAAAGUCUUGUCUCUGAGAGAACUCCAGAUUUAAUGUCACUCUGGGUUUGUUGUAACCUUGUUUCAAUCUGAGUGGCAAAAUUUAUGAAUACUCAAAGUAAAAGCAAUAUAUUCAUUCCCCUCACAAGUCCUUGUAAAUGUUAUUUUGAAAGCAUUGUAUUUUCCUAAUAUUGAAAUAAAAGAUUUUGAUGAAAA